AUGCAACAAUACAUUGAGGCGGUCACAACGCUUGUUCAAAAGCUAGAUGAUAUUGGCCGCACAACAGAAGAUGCAGAGGUUGCUGAGCUACUACUGUCGGGGCUGCCACAGGAGUAUGACGUCCUGGUUUCGAGCUUGGAGGCUGCUAGUCUUACUAAAACUUUAACAAGCGAGAUGUGUCUGCUCUUGCUGCGUAUAGCUCCGAAGACUGGAUUGUGGACUCUGGGUGUACCAACUCCAUGUAACAAGAAUACCCCAGCAUGUGUGCAGAGCCACCACACCCCUACAAGCAAGGAGUACACUUCUUGUGCUGCCGUGGAUGCUACGAGGGAGCAUGAUUGUGCUCUUACAACCUCGGAUGUGCCUGCGCACAUCUGGCAUAGACGGCUGUCACAUUUAAGCAAAGCAGAAACUUCAGUGUCGGAGCCCUGCACUGGUGAUGAGGCCACCAGUAUGCGGGUCGAGCCCCUGAAUGCAGAGCCAGCUUCAUCUAGCGAUGGUGGGGAGCAGCGUGUGGCGCAGUCGCCAACAGAAGGCGGUGCUGAGAGUUCAGAGUGGACCAUGAGCCCACCUGACCACCAAUUCCUGUCGUGCAGUGAUGGUGAGGAAUCUGAGGAGCAGUCGCCAGCAUCUGAGCAUGAUGUCAUCGCUCAGCCAAGCACGGGACGCCCCAUCAGAAGUACACGGGGUAUCAUGCCCAACAGGUAUGGUGAUUAUGAUUUAUCCCUUAUGGCUCAUAUUGAAUCUGAGCCCCUUUUCUAUCAUGAAGCAAUGGCAUCUGAUAACUGUGAUAAUUGGAAAGCUGCAAUGCAAAAAGAAUAUAAUGCUCUUGUUAACAACAAUGUUUGGCGGCUAGUAGACCGACCAAAACACACAAACAUUGUAAAGUGUAAAUGGGUAUAUAAAGUCAAAAGUGAAGCUUCCGAAAAGACAAAUAUAAAGCUCGGUUAGUUGCUCGUGGUUUUUCUCAAAGAAAAGGCGAAGACUACAAUGAUGUUUUUGCUCCCGUCGUGAGACAUUCUACAAUGAGAAUUUUAUUCUCAUUGGCGAAUGACCUUGAUAUGGACAUAAAGCACAUUGACGUGGCUAAUGCAUUUCUUAAUAGUGAACUCGAUGAGACAAUUUAUAUGGAGCAACCCGAAGGUUUCAUUUCUGACCCAAAUAAAGUUUGUUUAUUGAACAAAAGCCUGUAUGGCUUAAAGCAAGCCAGUAGAAUGUGGAAUUUGUGUGUUAAUAAAUUAUUAGCUGAUAAUGGCUACGUGCAAAGCAAAUGUGAGCCUUGUGUGUAUGUAAAAAGGUCCAAUAAUAAAUUAUCGAUAAUAGCGUUGUAUGUAGAUGAUUUUUAUGUGUUUACACAGGACCGUGAAUGUGCAACUUCAUUGCUAAAUCUAUUGGAAAAAGAAUAUAAUAUUAAAGAUCUCGGAGAUCUCAACAAUUGUUUAGGUAUAAGUGUUGUUCGUGACAGAGCGAGAGGUAUCUUAAAAUUGAAUCAAACAGAAUACAUUAAACGGUUAUUAAUACGCUUUGGCAUGGAAAAAUGUAAGCCUGUUAGUACACCCAUGAUGUUGAAUUGUAAAUUAGAUAAAAGUGAAUCAACUACUGCAACUCUGCUUGAUAAUGAAAUGUUUCGUUAUAGAGAGUUGCUAGGCAGUUUAAUGUAUCUCUCAGUAUGUACUCGGCCUGACAUAGCAUUUGCUUGCAGUCAGUUAUGUCAAUUUAACCAUGCUUUUGAUAAGAGUCACUGGUUGGCAGCCAAGCGCGUCCUUAGGUAUUUAGCAGGCACUUUAAAUCAUUCACUAUAUUUUUAUAGGAGUAAUGACUUAAAAAUUACUGCAUUUGCAGACGCAGAUUAUGGGAACAAUCUGCUGGACCGUAAGUCCUAUAGUGGUUUUAUUGUAAAACUGGGUUCUUCUACUAUAGGUUGGGAAUCUAGAAAACAAAAAUGUGUGACCCUUUCAUCUACUGAGGCUGAGUACCUAUCGAUUGGGGAUGUAUGUAAAGACUUGUGUUUUAUUAAAAAUUUCAUUUUUGAGCUUACAAAUAAAAAUGUCAAUAUUGUAAUUUAUAAUGAUAAUCAGAGUGCACAUAAGCUCCUAGAAUGUAAAGAAUACUGUCAUAAGAGAAGUAAGCACAUCGAUAUUAGAUAUCAUUUUGUAAAAGAUUUAAUACGAGACGGGUUUGCUGAUGUCAAAUACUUACCAACUGAGAACAUGAUUGCAGAUGUGCUUACUAAACCACUAGGUAGAGUUAAGCAUGUAGAGUUUACAAAGCUAAUGAAUGUAAAGCCCUGAAUGUGAGCUUCUGUUAUGUUUAGUAAAUGGUCUACGGAGCUUAAGGGGAAGUGUUAGAAUAUAUAAUCUCCAUAUACCAUCUGUAUUGGCUACUUAAACUUGCUCUGAUUGUCUAUGAAAGUAAUAUGUAAGUUUAUGGUCUUUGACGUUUCCUUCCUUCUCUUCCGUCAUGGCCUCCAAUGGAAUAGGCACGUAAUUGCUCUCCUCUGUCCUUAUUUUAAUUUAAUUAACAAUAUGUAGCGCUCCAUACGUAAGUUAAUUUAAUGUUUAGUGUCAGCUGUGAUGUCCUGAAAAUGUAAUCCUUUUUUCUCCGGUUCUUUAUAAUAAAGAAUGUGAAGAA